AUGCCCAAUGGCAGUCUCGAUAAGUUUCUGUACGACCAAGAGAAGCCUCCUCUGGAUUGGGCGACACGGUUUCGGGUCAUCAAAGGCGUGGCAUCAGGCGUUCUGUAUCUACAUGAAGACUGGGAGCAGGCUUAUGACCAUGGAACCGAUCCAAAGACCACCCGCGUCGUCGGAACCAUCGGUUAUCUUGCUCCCGAGCUCGCUCGAACCGGCAAGGCGACCACCAUCACCGACGUGUUUGCGUUCGGGGCAUUCCUUCUGGAGGUUGCUUGCGGCAGGAGGCCGGUGGAGCGGAUGGCGGCGGAGCAGUUGGUUCUAUCGGAUUGGGUGUUGGAGAACUGGAGGGAGGGGACGAUACUGGCGACGAGGGAUCCAAGGCUGGGGGAAGACUACGCGGUGGAGGAGGUGGAGCUGGUGUUGAAGCUUGGAUUACUGUGCUCGCAUCCACUUCCCACAGCAAGGCCGAGCAUGCGCCAAGUCGUGCGCUACUUGGAGGGCCAUGCACCGCUCGCCGAACUCUCGCCCACGUACCUCAGCUUCAGCGCUUUUGUGCAGGUUCACAACGAAGGUGCCGAUGACCAUAUCACGUCGUAUACUUCGUCGGUGGCUUCUGCAUCGGUUAUCUCCGGGGUCGAUGACAGAGGAGGACAUGGCUGUGUGUGUGUAGAUUGCAAAUGCUGUGCCGUGCCUGUAGAUUCUUCUCAUGUCUAA